UUUCCUUCAUCGUACACCAAAUACUGUACUCCGGAAGUAUUACCCAAACUAAACUAUAGGAUAGUUUAGGUAUUUCAAAAAUUCAAGUCCCAUUAAUUGGAAACAAAUUUUCCAAAAUUCCAGACUUGCGCUCCCUCUCGCGCUCUCACUCAAAUAACUGUUGAAAAGGUGAAGAGGUGCUCUCUAUUUUCUGGCCUAGGUUUUGACUUCCCCCCCCUAUAACCUUCAAUUUCUCUCGGUAUCUGAACCCAUUAUUCUUGUUUUCCCUCACUUUCUCUCCAUCCAAACGCUCGUUAGUAUCCAAAAGUCUCUAAUUUUAGGGUUUCGAUGGAGUUCAAUCUAACGGGAGGGGCUGUAGCUCGGAUUAUAAACGAAGAUGUGACCACCGAGAGGGACUUGAAACCUGUGCUUCAAGUGAUAGAGAUGAAGGAGGUUCAAACUAAGUCGAAGAAUCCGCAACAGCAGCAGCAAGAACCGAAAAAGAUCGAGAGGUUCAUGCUGUUGCUAUCAGAUGGUUCGUUAACGCAGCCAGGGGUGCUUGCAACCAGCAAGAGCGAACUUGUGAAAUCCUCUAAAUUGCUAGUCGGCUCCAUUGUUCAAUUGACUCAGUACAUUUGCGACGUCAUCCACGAUCGCAUGAUUGUUAUUAUUAUUGAGUUGGAGGUGAUAGUUGAAAAAUAUGAUAUCAUAGGGAAGCCUGUACCAGCACCAAAAUCUUCUAGGCUCACACAAAUCCCUACUGAUCAACCUGGAACAGUGAUGGCACAGACUAAUUCUUUAGGAGGAAGGACAUCAGCAGGUUCAGCGGACAGGGCAGACCCAACGAAAAAGCGGAGAGUGGAGUGGUCAGGAAAGAUGGCAGAGGCAAAAGAAAGGAAUUCGACCCCAGCAAUUCCAUCUGACAUGCAAGCAGUCUUAAAGCGUUGUGAAACUAUUGAGAAGGAAGUGCGCUCUCUCAAACUCAACUUGUCUUUCAUGAACAGAAAGGACUCGGAACAAACUAAGCAGAUAGAAGAGCUACAAAAGCAGAACAAGGAGCUGACGGAUGAAAAGGAGCGGCUCUUAGAAGAGAUUGAAAGGAUUAUUUCAGAUUCAGGCAAGAUGUAAUUAAACGUACUUUGAUAGACUGGACUAUAUAUUGUCACUGCAGAUAUUAUCAGCCCUAAAAUCUAUAAUCUCAAAUGAAAAGAAUGUUAGACCUACGCAUCAACAAGCAUAGCGGAUCGAAUGGCACCGUUUUCUGCCAAUAUUAUGUUUGUGUAGGUUAAAAUUAACACUGGUCCAGCAAUGAUUGCUGAACACAAGUAUUUUGUAUGAGUAGUGAAUAUAUAUAAAUAUGCAUAUUGGA